CCAGGAACCGUGACGGUAAAACUUGCACAACCGAAGUAAAUAUUAACGCGGUGCGCAGACGCAGCGGCACACACGUACGCAACAGCCGAAAUGAUCCGCAACAUCGCUCUAAUUUGGGCCGCAGUAGUCGCCAGCCAUAUUUGCUUGGCAACUCCCGUGCCGGACCCGGAUCCUAUCCACAGAACUCAUGUGAAGAUUCACGUUCCAUAUGAAGUCCACACCGUGCAUCAUCAUCAUGUCGAGAAAGUUCCGAUUAUAAAAGAAGUGCCUAUCGUCAAAGAAGUGCCAAUUUUCCACGAGGUACCAGUGGUAAAAACAGUGCCUAUCUAUAACACUGUACACGUACCACUCAUUAAGACUGUUGCGAUAGAAAAGCCAGUUUUCAUACCUUACAAAGAACACCUAGGUUUAUAUCACUGAGAAGCAAAUUAUGCAUACGCCUGUAGCAGAAUUUGUGGUAAUUUAGGUUUCCUUCAGCAGUUUACUCUAUUAACAGUUUAACAGUUUUCU